AUGAAUCUAAAAAGGUCAUCAUCACCACCCUCAAAGUCAUCAUCAUUGGCACCAACCACUAUUGCAAAACCAAGUAGUGUUGGUAAAUAUGCUUCGGCCUCAAAUCUUACGAAACUUUGCAAUCCUAGAAGUGGCUCCUUAAUGAUGAAACCUUCCUCCUCCUCGGAUAUCAAGGUUCCAUUAAAUCCCAAAACAAAGAAUCUGACCUCUGUGUGCAGAAAAAGUAGUAAUCCAGACAGUACUACAGCAUCAAGAAAAUCUGUUGUUGUGAACUCUUCUUCAUCAAGAGAUUCAAAUGGCUUCUCACAUGCAACACGAAAUUCAAAACCAUCAUCUCCAGUGGCAACGAGAAAAAUAGCCACAUCUCUCAUAAAUAAGAAUCUCACCAAGAAGCUGCCAUCUGAUGUUGUGUUGACCAUACUGGAUUUUAUGGUGGAGAUUUGCUCAAAGGUGUUGAGUAAGGAUGGAACCAAGAUUAAGUAUUCUCAAUUCAUCAGGAAAUUCUAUGGAAGGUUUGCUGUGGAUAAGUCUACUCGAUUCUUAUUUAGAUUCAUGAAUAUUAAUCAUGAUGAAAUUUCAAAUCUUGAUUUAAAUAUUGCACUGAUUGGAAUUCCUGUAAUUUCAUCAUGUGACAGGAAAGUAAGACUUUCAAAAGAGAGCGUCAACUACUUGUUCAAUCACCCUCACAUGUAUGCCAACCCAUUAUCUGAGAACCUUUAUCAUAUUGAGCUACCAGAUUUUCGUAAAAGGUUAUAUAAUUUUGUUGCAUUGCUGGGAGAGAGUAAUUGUAAGAAAAUUCAAGAACUAGAUCUAUCUCAGUGUGAAUUGGACUUAGAUACAGUUGAGUUAGCCAUAAGAUCUUUUACAAAUCUGUCUGUUUUGAAAGGGAGAACAGAUAUUUAUUAUUCUCCAAAAUGGUAUUGUGAGGCUCCAAUAGAAUCAUCUUUCACUGACUCAAUGGCAGAAGCUUUUGAAGAGGGAGGAAAGAAUUUGAAGGUUUUUGUAUGGUCUGCUAGUGAUUUUUCAACGAUAGUUCAUCAACAUACACCAAAUAUUGAGGUGUUGUAUCUUGAAUUGACGCAACGUUAUGAAAGAAAUGCAUUUUCAAUGACACAUUUCGAAGAUUCUAUCAUGUCUUGGAGUAAUUUGAAAGAAAUCCAUAUUAACAAUAUGCAAAAUAACUGCCCUAUAAUUAUUCCGUCCUUUUCAAAAAUAUUUUGUGCUUUCAAUAAUAUGAAAAAUCUAAGGGUGUUGAAGAUUUUUGGAGAACAUAUCCCUUUUGAGAGUUUUGAAUAUUUGAUGAAUAAUCAAACACUGAAAAGUCUUUCUUUAAAACAUUGUGGAAUUGAAGACAAAUUUAUUGAUGUAAUUUCCACAAUAUCCAAUCUCGAAAAACUGAACAUUACUGGAAGCAAAUUAUCAAAAGAAUCAUUGUUCAAAUUAGCAGAGCUGAAAAAUCUAACAUCUCUCGAAUUAAUUUAUAGCAAUUGCAUUGAACAGGCAGAGCCAGUUUCAAAAAUAACAACUCUUAAACAGUUGGCAAUAGAGGGUUUGAUUGAAGAGAAUUCACAUUACUUGUUGGCAUUGCCAAACUUGGAGAAACUUGGUAUUUGGUAUUCAAUACUUCCUAACAAGGUUUUAGAGGAAUUUUGCGAAAAGUUAUUGAAAUUGAAAGGAAUUAGAUUAAUAUCUUGCAAUGGAGUGAACAUGACAACCUUAAUUCCAAAAUACAAAUUGAAAGUUAAAUAA